AUUCAAUAUCCACAUUCAAAUUAUGCUGAAUUUCAUACCGAAAUACAACUAUUAUCAAAGAUUAACUUAACAUAUGGUAUUGUUCAAUCUAACCAGACAAUUAGAAAAACUCUAGAUCGUGAAAAUAGAAAACCUAAGAAAUGGCUAUAAAAUUAUUUUGUUCCAUUCAUUCCCAAAUGGACUUCAAGAAUUAUUGAUAACAAAAAGAAAUCUAUAUUCUUUCUACUUUGUUUUGGCUUAUUUACCUAUUAUGAAGGGUUCUAAUGUAAAAUAUAUUUCUAUUUUAUCUCAGAUCUUCACAAUAAAGUUCUACACAGAGAGCCUUUAAAAAAUAAAUUUUAAAGGUGGAUUUUCAAUGUUAAGAAUAUACCAAAAUAAUCCUUGACAGAAUUUUAGCCAAUUAAUACAUUAAAUUAAAAUACCGUCAAUUAAUUAAAAGAGAUAUAUUUAAAAUGUGAAUCAGAAAUGAAAUAUGGAAUGUCUAGAAAAUUAAUGUAUGAAAUUUAUGAUUCACUACAUCUAUUCUAAAAAGAUGAAGAGAGAAUAGGAUUUUAUAGAUAAUCAGGUUAUUAUAAAAAAGUAACUAUUAUAUAUAUAUAUAUUUUUAUAGAGAAAUUAAAAAGUCUCCAGUGUUCAUUUCUCUUAAUUUGUCAAGAUUUUUGAAGAUGCUUUAAAAAAAUUAAAUAAAAAAGGAAAUAUUAUUACAGAAUCAGAAUUAGUAUCUUAAUUUAUUUAAUUAUGCUUAGAAAAAUAAGAUGAAGUAAUUAUAUUUCUUUAUCAAAUUUUAUAGAUUAAAAAAUGGGAACUAAAAAUAUAAUAAAAAAGAGCUGAAUAUGUUAAAUUGAUUCCUGAAUUAUAGGAAUAAAAAUAAGGUUUGAUUAGAUAAAUUAUGAGUGAAAAUCCAUAUGUAACUGAAGAAUACAUAUAAAAAGAAGUAUUAUCUAUUUAUAAAUAAUUAAUAGCUUGAAAAUAAGGGUCUAUAUGGAUUGGGAACUAAAGAUAAACUAUAAAUUUAUGAUCUAUAGUUAUCUCUUCAUAAGGUAUUGCUUGAUAACAAAAAAGCAAAACUAGAGAACAGUAUGCUUUUUGGAUAAUCAAUGUUGAGUUCAGAAAAAGAAAAAAGAUUAAUUAAAAAAAUAAUGGAUGAAGAACAAAUAGUAGAAUAACUUUAGGCGAAGAGAAACAAUAUGGCUGAAAAGUUUAAGGUGUUAUUUAAGAAAUAAGAGAUAUUUGAUAUUUGA